UAUCUGUUAAAAAGCUAUUGAAAUUAAGCUCACCUUGUGAAAAAUUUUCAAAAAAGUAAAGCUAUUAAUUUAUCCCAGAGUACUAACAUCCGUUCCUAGAGUCAAAAAACUUCCUCGGUAGAAAUUCAGUAUGGAAUCUUAAGUCGACAAACUUCAUUUUCUGAACAUGUUUCCGAAAAAUUGUUUUCGGCUGAGCGGAACGACUCGUCGAAUUGCUAUACUUCUGUUACUACUGACUGGUACAGUGAUAACGGAGGAUAAUGGACAUACCGAAAAGAAUUUCAACGCAGCUAAGGAAAAAGUACCACCAUCACCGACUGCAGAUGGCAAUGCCUCCGCUGCUGCAGCAUCGACAGAAAAUUCCUUCGGGACGGCCACUCCAAAUGCGCAGAACAAAUCCAAAGACAUGAUCGAAUCAUUUUUAUUGAGCCAUGCAGUAAUUCCGGACGUGUUGGCGGUUGCACCGUCUCACGUCCUAGAGGUGGCCUACUCACGAAGAAGCAUUAUAAAUUUUGGGAAUAAAUUGGAACCAGCGUUGCUGCAAGAGAAACCUAGACAUAUUGUUUGGCCAUGGACUAAUGGAUCAUUCUACUCUCUAGUAUUAGUGGAUGCUGAUGUACCCUCGCGCAAAGCACGUGCUUUUGCAGAGCGAAUUCACUGGUUAGUCGUCAACAUUCCCAAUAACCAUAUUGACGAAGGAGAGCAUGUGAUAGAAUACAUCGGUCCAAUAGUAACGCCUAGAUCAGGAAUGCACCGAUACAUUUUCGCAAUGUUUAAGCAGCCUGACAGAAUUGAAUACGAAAAAACAAAGAUUUCAGCUCAAUCGAACAAGAUGAGUCGCGAUCGACUUUACUUUCACAUUCAAGAAUUUGCGGCGUAUUACAGAUUGCACGACCCAAUAGCUGUUAACUUUUUUCUGGGAGGUUGGCCGCUGGACCAGCCUGUUCCGAUUGUUACGCUUCCUACCAAAGAAUCCAAGAGAACCGCCUCUGAUGUGAAUUCGUGAUUGAAUUUUAAAGGGACAUCAUUCAUUCUUUACGGAGAAAAAUCAUCAUUCAAAAAUAUUCAGACUAAAAAAAUGCUUCUUUUCAUUAUUGAAGGAAUAAUUUGCAAUUAUUUUUUUGGAAAAAGGGUUCUACAACUUUCAAGCUUUUUAACAUCAAAUUCAUUAGCUUUUAAGCUUUUAAUGAUAAAAAAAAAAUACGAGAACGUUCAUGUGUGUCUUCACUUACAAUCGUUUUACUAGAUGAACUAUCAAUUUUUGAAAAGAAAAAUCCCUUGGACGGAUCCAGAAAAACAUGGUCAGGGUCACUAUCGGAUUCAGUGGGCAAAAAUGUGUAGAAACGCAUGUAUGGCAUGCCACAAAAUUUUCCAUAUUACUUCUGAUGAGGAGGUUUUCCUGAUCAAAAAUCAUUAUCGUCCAGCCAUUCCCAUAUAUACCACCAAUACCACAAAGUUGAACUGAUCCGAUUGUUUUGUGUCUGGAAGGUCAGGAAAGCAAAAUUUCUCAUGAGUCUUAUGACGCUGUAUCCAAUUUAUCUUAGCUGUUGAAUUCGAAAAUCACCUUAAUUUUUCUCCGCCCUGCACAAUUUUUUGGGAAGAUCGAACUCCCCAAAAAAAUUCCAAUUUUUCCCGCUGAAACCGACUCAUGGAGACAAAAAGCUGCCAUUUUCGGUAUUAACCCUAAAAAUCUACCGAGAUCCUCUUCAAAUCAUUACGGCUACAGGAUCUGUGUUGGCACAAUGAUACAUUGUGUUGAAAAGAUGCCAUAGAAUUUAAGGAAAAGACAUUUUCUUUCUGUUUUAAUUAUUUGUAAAAUGAAGUAUACCUAGGUCAUUAUACUUUUCUCUGAGUCCCGUGCUAGAUGUAUGGUUUCAGCUCACUGAGAAAGGAUGUUCGCAAUUCAGUCACAUAAACCGUAAGACGAUGUUGUAAGAGUAUAUUGGCCGUACUCUUUGAUUCGAGUGAUCCCACUCUCGGAUGUAGGUACCAUAUCCUCGUUCAGUGCAACGAAGCUUUCACACCGAAAUAACUGUAGAAUAAACUCGGUUGCAUGAGCCAAGGAAAUACGGUACUUUGAAGUUCUAAGUUAGAACUGAGAGUAUAUGGACACAUAAACCGGGCAGUAAUAGAGCACUAUGCUUACGGUUCGUUAGACCGGAAAUUGUUUCUUACUGUAAAUAUUAAAUGAUUAAUCUACUUAUUUGUACAUACUUUUCGUGUCGAAAACACUUAUGAACUUAUAGUUAAAAUUGAGCAUUAUAUUCAUUUAUGGGAAAAAUUCUAGAAUAGAAACAAAAAAUUGAUUUUUGACGCGAUAACAUGGUUUUUCAGUUAGAUGUUUUUAUUAGGUAUAUACAUUGUUAGAUUAGUCUUAUUAAUGACAGUGUUUAGUAGCUUAUAACUCAAUUGUUACUUUUCUCGCUCGAACCCGAAAUUUUGAUUCGCGGCUCACAAUUUUCACAUUGACAGCUUGAACUUUUUGACGCCUAAAGUAAUUGAUAAUUAAUAAAAUGAAUUUAUGAUGAAGUUUACAUAAAUGCACUAUUUAAAGAGAAUUGUAAUUAAAAUUAUGGGAUUGCCAAGAACACACAAAAAUAUUUAAAAUAUGUUUAGGGUAUGUCUUCAUAGAGCAAAUGUACGCACCCGAAGAGUAAUUGAGAAUUGUUCAUUUUCCUUUGGCAACAUUACCAUCAAAAGUUGAUAGUCCGUAAUUUAUUAAAAAGGAAAUUACCAGUCAAAAUUUAAUCUUCUCUCUUUGGUGCACAAAUCCAUUCAGAUAAGAAUACCCCGUUCUUUCCUCAAGCGUAUAGUACUGAAGUAAACUAUGCACUCGUAAAGUAUUCAAAUAUGAAUAUAUCUCAUUUACUUUUAACUUAUAUGUUUCUAAACUUCAUCUUUGCCUGUAACAUCUGCCUUCCGACAUAAUAUGUCAUCAUGAUUCCUUUAAAUGUUGCUUACUUUACAAAUACUCUUUGUACAAGCUUGUUAAUUCUAUUUUUAUAAGAAUAAAAAAAUAAAACCAUAAAAA